AUGUGGGGACCCGGGGUCACGGCCGACGGCCUGUCGGUGGCGCCGGCGCCGCCACCGCUGCUGCCGCUGCUGCUACUGCUGGCGCUGGCGCUGGUGGCGCCCUCGCGGGGCGGCGGGGGCUGCGCGGAGCUGGCGUGCGGCGAGCGGGAGCGCUGCUGCGACGCGGCCAACGCCACCGCGGUGCGCUGCUGCAAGCUGCCGCUGCACGCCUUUCUCGACAACGUGGGUUGGUUCGUCCGCAAGCUCUCCGGGCUGCUCAUCCUGCUGGUGCUCUUCGCCAUCGGCUACUUCUUGCAGCGCAUCAUCUGCCCCAGCCCACGCAGGUACCCGCGCGGGCAGGCGCGGCCGGGGCCACCGGGGAGCGCCGGGCAGCCGGGGGCCGCGGGACCGCCCGACGACCAGGACGACGACGACUCGCCCGCGCUGCUGCGGGACGAGGCGGCCGCCGGCUCUCAGGACUCGCUGCUGGACAGUGGAGGCGGUGGCCGGGGCCGGGCAGGCGGCGGGCGCUCGGCCCCUUCCUGCGCCUCGGAGCACGAGCUGCGCGUAGUCUCGCCGGUCUUCCUGCAGCUGCCCAGCUACGAGGAGGUCAAGUACCUGCCAACCUACGAGGAGUCCAUGCGGCUGCAGCAGCUCAGUCCCGGGGAGGUCGUGUUGCCCGUGUCUGUGCUCGGCCGCCCGCGAGGAGGCGGCGCCGGGCAGUCCGACGGCGGCGGCGAGGGCCGCUUCCCGCUCAUCUGA